ACUGGUCUCCAUUUGCUCCCAAACUCACCCGACCUGCAUACCCUUUCCCCCCGUCAUCAGCCAUGGCGACCGCAACGAGGAGGCUGCUCCCGACGCUCCUCAGAACCCUAACCGGCACCCGCCACCCUGGCGCGGCGCGGGGCCUCGCCACGGAGAAGGCAGUCGGCGCCGCGGCCGUCGUUGGAAGCCACACCGCGAAAUGGAUGCAGGACACAAGCAAGAAAUCUCCAAUGGAACUUAUCAAUGAGGUGCCACCAAUCAAGGUUGAAGGGCGAAUUGCCGCAUGUGAAGGGGAUAAAAACCCUGCCCUUGGCCAUCCAAUUGAGUACAUCUGCCUUGAUCUGGAUGCACCUGCUGUGUGCAAAUACUGCGGCCUUCGCUAUGUUCAAGACCACCAUCACUAAGUAGAGAAGAUACCAUCCUUUACCACAGCAGAAUUUGGAGUUGCUGCAUGCUCAUUGGGUUCACAAUGUAUGCCAAUGUACUGUGUAUUGCGCUUGAUGGCAAAAUGUUGUCUGUGACUGUCAUCCUACUUUUUGUAACACAAUAAUGUUGCAUUAACUUCGAAUUGAUUUUCUGUAGCUGACAUUUGUCGGCAUUUGCUGAAUUAAUGCACUUUCCAUAUCAAACUCCCUGCACUCUGGAUAAAAGGGUUGAGAGGGAAGGAACAUGAAAUUGAUUUUAGAAGCUGCUUAGUGAACAUUUGGCCAUUGAAA